CAGGCCCCGGAAGCAGGGCCUCCAGCGUGGGCACCCCGUCGGUCGGUCGGUCGGGGAAGGCUGGCGUCACUGCCAGCGCUGCUCUGGGCGCACUGCAGUGUCUCUGGGUGAAAUGUCACAUCUGCAAACGGGGACACCGUCCCUCCUUCUGCGAGACCCAGGAGGCUAACCUACGUCCACAUCUGUGCGCAGCGUCCAAGGGCCAUCCCUCCCCCUUCCUGGUGGCACCGCUGGCGGCAAGUUACGGAUUAACCAGAGGCCAGGCUGUCAUGGCGGCAGGAGGGCGGCCUUGCGGUCUCUCCACGGCCCACCCCAGUGUCAGCAGUUCCAGAAUGUGGCGGCUGGCCAGCCUCUUCCUGCUCCUGGCCGGGGGAAUUUCCAGCUCACCCGUCAGUCCUGACUCAGUGUUCUCCAGUGGUGAGCGGGCCCACCAGGUGCUGCGGAUACACAAGCGCGCCAACUCCUUCCUGGAGGAGCUGCGUGCCGGCAGCCUGGAGCGGGAGUGCAUGGAGGAGAUCUGCGACCUGGAGGAGGCCCAGGAGAUUUUCCAAAAUGUGGAUGACACACUGGCCUUCUGGUCCAAGUACUUCGAUGGGGACCAGUGCACGGUCCGGCCCCCCGAGGAGCACCCAUGCAACAGCUCCUGCUGCGGCCAUGGCACGUGCAUCGAUGGCAUCGGUGGCUUCCGCUGUGACUGCAACCAGGGUUGGGAGGGCCGCUUUUGCCGGAACGAAGUGCGCUUCUCCAACUGCUCAGUGGACAACGGGGGCUGCGCACACUACUGCCUGCAGGAGGCGGGCCGGCGCCACUGCAGCUGCGCGGGGCCUCCUGGGGGGAGUGCCGGGCAGGCCCUCACCGGCUCCCCCCCCACUGCAGUGAAAUUCCCUUGUGGAAGGCCGUGGGGCCCCGUGGAGAAGAAGGGCGCGACCGUGAAAUGCUGCACGGACCAAGCAGGCCAAGUGGACCCGCGGCUCGUCAAUGGGAAGCUGACCCUGCAGGGAGAGAGCCCCUGGCAGGUGGUCCUGCUGGACUCGAAGAAGAAGCUGGCCUGCGGGGCGGUGCUGGUGCACCCCUCCUGGGUGCUGACGGCCGCCCACUGCAUGGAGGACUCCAAGAAGCUCACCGUCAGGCUUGGGGAGUAUGACCUACGGCGCCGGGAGAAGGGGGAGGUGGACCUGGACAUCGAGGAGGUUCUCAUCCACCCCAACUACAGCAGGAGAACCACGGACAACGACAUCGCCCUGCUCCGCCUGGCGCAGCCCGCCUCCCUCUCGCAGACCGUCGUGCCCAUCUGCCUCCCGGACAGCGGCCUGGCUGAGCGCGAGCUCACCCAGGUCGGCCGGGAGACGGUGGUGACGGGCUGGGGCUUCCGCAGCGAGACCAAGAGGAACCGCACCUUCAUCCUCAACUUCAUUAAGAUCCCAGUGGCCCCUCACGACGAGUGCGUCCAGGUCAUGCAUAACAUGGUCUCGGAGAACAUGCUGUGCGCGGGCAUCCUCGGGGACCCACGGGACGCCUGCGAGGGCGACAGUGGGGGGCCCAUGGUCACCUCCUUCCGUGGCACCUGGUUCCUCGUGGGCUUGGUGAGCUGGGGUGAGGGCUGCGGGCGCCUCCACAACUAUGGCAUUUACACCAAAGUCAGCCGCUACCUCGACUGGAUCCACAGCUACAUCAGAGCCGCGGCAGCCCCCCCGGGGAGCCCGGGGCCCUAGCACCCCCCCUCCUCCCCAGGCCUGGGCACUGGCUGUGCAUGGCAACGUGUGGGUAUUAAAGGGGGCAUGCAACAAGCA